AUGUGGAGGUUCUUCAUCACACUCCUGCUGGCAGUUGGAGCUCAUGGUUGUGGAGAGCCCACCUAUGCCCCCCUGGGAAGAGUAGUGAAUGGUCAGGAUGCUGUGCCUUAUAGUUGGCCCUGGCAGAUCUCCCUGCAGUAUGAGAGCAACGGAGAGUUCUACCACACUUGUGGAGGAAGCCUUAUUGCCCCCAACUGGGUCAUGACUGCUGGACACUGCAUCUCCUCAUCCCUCCGGUACAAAGUUGUGCUGGGUGAGUACGACAGGAGCAAUGAAGAGGGCUCUGAGCAGCACAUCCUUGUAAACUCAGAGGACAUCUUUGUACAUCCUGGCUGGAACAACAACUGUGUAUCUUGUGGGGAUGAUGUUGCCCUGCUCAAGCUGUCGCGUGAUGCAGUACUCAAUGAUAAAGUGCAGCUAGGAUGCCUCCCACCCCCGGGAGACCUGCUUCCCAAUGACUACCCUUGCUUCAUCAGUGGCUGGGGUCGCCUCUACACUGGUGGACCUCUCCCCUCCAAACUGCAGCAGGCAUUGCUCCCAGCAGUGGACCAUGCGCACUGCUCGCAGCCUACUUGGUGGGGAACCACUGUCAAGAAGACCAUGGUUUGUGCCGGAGGGGACAUACGUGCUGGCUGCAAUGGUGACUCUGGUGGCCCCCUCAACUGCCAGGCUGCUGAUGGGAGAUGGUAUGUCCAUGGUGUUACUAGCUUUGUGUCUGCCUGGGGGUGCAACACCUUGAGGAAACCCACUGUCUUCACCCGGGUCUCCGCUUUCAACUCCUGGCUUGAAGAGACGAUUGCCAACAAUUGA